CAGACUACCCGAUCCAACAAGAUCUGCUUCCAUUAAUUAGAAAAGAGAAGAAAAAGACUACUUAUAAAACCUAAUUCCCAAAUCCAAUUAUCCAAUAACAAGAAAUUCCGAUCUUUCUCAAUUACAAACUAACAAAGUUUUGAUCAGAUUUUGAAUCAAUGGAUACAUCUAACAAUCGCAAAGAAGAUGUCUCCCCUGCCACAGCAGUUCUAUUAGGAGCUCUGGCUCCUGGUGUGAAUGCUCCAACAUGGUUUGUACUGAAGAUGUCGUUCUUGACACUGGGUAUCAGCUUUGCUGUAAUACUGGGACUAGCUUUUACUUCUAGUGACAUAACCAUGAUCAUCCACGUAACUCUACUUGUUUUGAUCACCGGGACGUUGUUUUUCCUCCUCAGCAGUUUUCUUGCAGAAACAGGUCUGGUUUCAGUGGAACAACAAAUGCAGGACAUAGGUUUGGCACCAAAAGAUGAAGUAGAACCAAAGAAGAAGAUGUAGAAGCACAGUUAUUAGUAAAUAGGAUUUCAAAGUAGUGGCUUGAAUGAGUUUAUAGUUUCUGAAAAACUCGGCAGGCCAAUUUUGUACCAAAUUAGGUUGGGAGUUCACUUACAUUUUGCCUCUGCAUGCUUAGAAAGAAAAAAAUACGCAAUUACUACAAAAAAAGGGAGAAAAGUAGCUCAGAAGUAGUUGAAUUGAGGUUGUUCAUGCUCAUUGUUUCACAAUGUGUCUCUCAUUGGACAGACUUCAUUUCAUCAAUCUCCCUUCGACUCUUUUUCUUGAUCCUUUGCCUCUUUCACUUGAUCCUUUGCCUCUUUCACUUGAUCCUUCGCCUCUUUCUCUUGAUCUUUCACCUUCGGCUUGCCUUUCUGCUGCUUCAUGAAACAAAAACACGCACAGCACGGACAUUGAAACAAGAACUUCAUUUUUUCUGCUUUGUUUUAUGGGGUUUAUCUCCAACCUUCCCAACUCAAGUAUGUAUAAGAGAUAAUUUGAGUCCUUUAUUAAGUUGAAAUUUUUGUUAUUGGAUUCUAUUCCUAUCGUUGUCAUAAAGGAAAUGCUAUUCCUUCCAGCUCUUGAAUGAAACAUGGUGGGGUUGGCUCUUG